AUGUCCGAGCCCGCCCUCAACAGUUCGACGCCGUACCGCGGAUAUCUCCUGCGUCGCGCAGUUUCCGUCCGAUGCGUGCGACGCGGACGGGUGUGGCGAGCGGUGACGUCGGCGUUUCGGGGUCUCCGCCCUUCGGCGCGUCAAUGGCGGGGCAGAAGUGCGUCAGUGCCCAACUCGGCGACAACUCCGCGUGUUCCUUGCCCUUCUGGGUCGUCGGGUGAAGGAUACGCCAUCUCAGUCCGUGAUAGUAGAUGGUGA